AUGCAUUCUACAUUCGUAUUUCUAUUACUAUCGACUGCAGUACUAGUUACUACUGCUGAUUAUUCUUUAACUAUCCUGCACACUAAUGACGUGCACGCUCGAUUCGUUGAAGCAAACAGAUUUGGUGGGAGUUGCAGCAGCUCAGAUGCACAGAGUGGAAAAUGUUUUGGUGGUGUUGCAAGACGUGCAACUAUGAUCAAUCAAAUUAAAAGUCAAAGAUCAAACGUCUUGCUAUUAGACGGUGGGGAUCAAUUUCAAGGCACAUUAUGGUUUUAUGUCUACAAAGGAUCUGCUGCAAGUUAUUUUAUGAAUAAGCUUGGAUACUCAGCUAUGGCACUUGGAAAUCAUGAAUUCGAUAAUGGCGUGCCUGGUUUAAUACCUUUCUUAGAAAAUGUAACCUUUCCGGUUCUAUGUGCUAACGUUGAUGGCAGUAAAGUCCCUCAGUUCAGCUCCAAAGUCAAUAAAUCGACUAUUUUCAACGUAAAUGGUCAAAAUAUUGGUGUUAUCGGGUAUAUCACAUCUGAAACACCGGAUGUUUCCAACCCUGGCACCGAUUUAGUUUUUAGCGAUGAAGUUAAAGCAGUUCAAGCGGAAGCUACUAGAUUGACUAACAUGGGAAUUAAAAUUAUUAUUGCUGUGGGACAUGCUGGCUUCACAAAAGACAAAGAAAUUGCAGAUAAGGUCGUCGGUGUAGACAUCGUGGUUGGUGGUCACACAAAUACCUUUUUAUACACCGGAACACCACCUUCAAAUGAAAUCCCACUGGACUCAUAUCCAACCGUUAUCAAUCCAAGUUAUGACACAAAUAGGAAGGUUUUGGUUGUACAAGAUUUCUACUUCGGCAAAUACCUCGGUGACUUACAAACUGUUUUCGAUGACGACGGUGAGGUUAAAUCCUUUGGGGGUAACCCAAUUUUGCUAAAUAGCUCAGUUGCUAUGGACCCUACUAUUAAAGGUUACGUCGAUGAAUUUAGUAAAGCCAUCAUAGCUCAAGGUAAACAAGAAAUUGGCAAGACCUACGUAUUUUUAGACGGCCAGAGAACAACUAUUCGUCUCAGAGAAUCCAAUUUGGGCAAUCUGUUUACUGAUGCUAUGGUUCAUCAAUACUUAAGAAACCCAAGCUCGACGGCGUGGAAUGAUGUUGGUAUUGCGUUAUGUAAUGGCGGAGGUAUUCGAAAUCCCAUUGACGUAACCAGACCACCAGGUAUUGUUACGAUGGAGGAUAUUUUAACUGUUUUACCGUUCCGAAAUACCGUCGAUGUCAUCGAACUGCAAGGAAUAUUUCUAAGACAAGCCUUAGAAUUAUCUGUUAGAGAUUACAACCCUGUCGAUGCUCAUGGGCGAUUCUUGCAAAUGUCAGGUGUACGGGUUGUUUAUGAUUUAAGUAAACCACCUCUAAGUCGGGUUACUAAAGCGGAAGUACGUUGUACAAACUGCACCGUACCUGUAUUCGUUCCACUUGAUGACAAAAAAUUCUACAAGAUGGUUAUUUCUUCUUUUAUGGCUAACGGUGGUGAUGGCUAUACCAUGUUCCGCGAUAACAGAACAUCUUUAGUUUUAACUGGAUUCUUGGAUAGCGAUGUUCUUGUUACUUAUUUUAAUAAACUAUCUCCAAUAAGUAUUGGUAUUGAAGGACGUAUUCGAUUUAUGAACGAAACCGGUACAUCAAAUCCCCCAACUAACCAGCCCUGCAUUAAUUCUGCCUCUGUCGCUUAUCUUAUGAGUAACAUGAUAAUUCUCUUAAUCUCGAUUAUAUCGCUGUUGAUAUUGUAG